GCCAAUACUUAUCAUGGAGUACCUGUGGAGAGGUGACUUGCUGGGUUACCUCAGAAAAUCCAGGGGGGUAUUCGACCACUAUCAUCGUGGGGUCGGAAGGGUCGACCACUUGACAACAUAUGACAUGGUGCUGUUCGCUAAACAGAUCGCAAAUGGUAUGACAUUUCUCGCGUCUAGAGGGAUAAUUCAUCGCGAUCUUGCAGCUCGCAACAUCCUUCUCGAUGAGCAUCGUGUAUGCAAGUUGACUGAUUUUGGGCUCUCUUAUCAGGAUUUCAAAUACGGCACAGGAAAUGCCAAGAAGGGAUGUAUCCCAAUCAAAUGGAGUGCACCCGAGAUUCUUUACGGCCAUGUGGAACGGCUGUCAACCAAAAGUGAUGUGUACUCGUGGAAUUGUCUCGUGGAUAUUACGGAUAGCUAUCGACCACAACAGAUCCGAUUUCCUGCUGAUCAUCACGUGCUCUGUAUCUUCGCAAGAGAGAAACACGAUGAGAAAGUUAAAAGUGUCUGCUAUUCUCCAAAGAAAAGAACCAACUUGCAGCAAGCCUUCGUUAACAAAUCCCCAGUUAAAAUACAAGGAGUGAAACGCUUGUCCCUAACAAGCUUUUCAUCUGAUGCUGAACCACAGUACAAAAUCCAUAGGAUGCCAAAAUCACUCCUACAAAACCUGAAAACAAGACCAGUGACUGUUGUGCAUGACCAAAAAACGAUCUGGAAGUAUGAGUGUAUCGUUGCAGAUAGUACUGACUCUAUUAAAGUAGUUUUAUGGGAAAGCAUUUAUAUUAGCUGUGGUUACACUAGACCUUUUGCCCACGGGAAAGUGAGACUACCCACGGGAAGUCUUUGUUUUGUGUGUGACCACUAUUCCCACAGUGAAACUGCCCAUGGGAAAUCGCUAUGGAUACAUCAAAAAGAACAAAAGAAUUACCCAUGACGUUUCACGAACCAAGUCGUAGGGUUUAGCAGUGGUUUAUCUAACCACAAGAGUAGUUCAACCAGUCGGAUGGAAGGAAAUAGUAAAUCCGGAAACCGCAGCACAUGCUGGGCAGUUUUGUGGUGUUGCGCUGAAAUCACGGCAAAUAUCCUCGCAAGUACCAAAUUCAAGACACGCGGCAUCAAACAUGACCAACUUCGAGGUUCACAUUAAGUAUAUUUUACUCGUCUUUGCUCUGAAUACUCCAAUGAAAACCAUAAGUUUCGCGGUUUGUGAUCUCCAUGAUGAAUUAAUUUUCCGCCAAACACUGCUAGGUCAAAAGUUGACCUCGGGUAAUUAUUUGCGAUGUAACCGGAGGAUUAAACCUGACCGGAAACCCAAACCCAUCGCAACCCAAGGUUAUUACCCACUGGGUUAGAUCGGGAAGGAGGUGAGUGUAACCACAGCUAUUGAUAAAGUACACGCUGAAAAUAGUUGCAAGUUUCAAAAUGUAACAAUUCGAUUGUUUGAUGAUGAAAGGUUCCUUAAUACCAACAAGGACAUUAUCGUUGCUGAAAUUCCCAACUUACCUGAUGUCAACUCGGAAACCAAAGAAUUCCAAGACAACUUAAUCACAGGACAAUGCUUAGUUCUAGUUAACAAAAACUUUCGUGUCUUGUUUGUAAUACUGAAAUUGCUCAAAUGGUUUGGAAUGAAGAAACAAUAACAUGUAACAACUGCAAGGUAACAAACUGAUUGCCAUCGUAGUUAUGAAAAACACUGACACUGGUGAACUGUUGAACUUCGCCAAUUUCAACGAUGGUAUUGAAAGUUUUCUUGAAACCAUCUGCUGCAAAACAUCCGUCAGUGAAAUCGAAUUACAAGAACUUCAAAUGUUAUUUUUUAAAUGUGGCCUCAAAAAGGUGCUUAUUAAUCAUUCCUCACGCAUAAUUUUACAGUCUCUUCUUUUAUUUUAUAUAUAACUAUGAGUUCUUUUUUUUUAGAACGUUAUUGCAUUGUUGGAUUAAUUAAGAACACUGACUUUAACAAUGCAAUUGAAAACUUGUUUUUUAUCGUUUUCAUUAUGAAUGUUAUACCUAUUUCAAAACGUUAUAUUAUUGGAUUAUGAGUUCUUGUUUUUAUAACAUUAUAUUGUUGACACUUAUUAUUAUAUUAUUAUAGUUCUGACUCAGGUCAAAUGUCCAAUUUCACGUACUUUAACAAUGGAAUUGAAACCUUGUUUUUCAUCGUUUUCAUUAUGAAUGUUAUACCUAUUUCAAAACGUUAUUAUAUUGUUGGAUUAUGA